CCUCACUAUAACCAAUAAAAUAAGGUAGGGCCAGACUUAUAUAAAACAAAGAAACUUCCCCAAUAAGACUUUAGCAGAUUAGCAGCAACACAGAGAAAACAAGAAAGAAGAAGAGGGAGAUCACCAUGAUGCACUACAAGGAGGAAAAGGAGGCGAAGAAAGAAGCUUUCAGGAAGUACUUGGAAUCCAGUGGAGUCCUUGAUGCACUGACCAAAGUUUUGGUUGCAUUGUACGAGCAAAAUGACAAGCCUUCCUCUGCGCUCGAGUUUGUUCAGCAAAAGUUAGGAGGUCCAUCUCUGUCUGAUUACGAAAAGCUGCAGGCUGAACUUUCAGAUUUGCAGAUGAAGUAUAACCAACUUUUCGCAGCUUACCAAGAGACAAGUGCAGAGUUGGAGGGCCUUAAGAACUCACAAUCGCGUACGACUCAUCAUGAGGCACCAGGUUCUACCAAGGAAACCGUUUCUGAGGAGGCUCAAAAGGAUAAGUCCUAGAAGUUUGAUAGAUGAUCUGGCAUAAUGUUGAGCAAAGUGAGACCUUUAUUUCUGGUAAAUAUAUCGGCAUUGUUCCGUGGCAGUAUUCAUAUUAACACCAGAAAUUCCUUUGUGUUUGUACUCUCUCAUGUGGUUGUUGUAACCUUUGGUGAGAAGAGUUGGUAGUUUUGCUAACUGAUCUGUAGUAUGUCAUCUGCUCAUUUAGACCAUCUAAUGUUGUUCUUGUUUGGCAAGAUUUCA